AUGGAAGAUUUACAAAAUAAUUCCUCGCCAAAUGUUUUGCCAGUGGUCAACUUUCAAUCGGAUGAUUUAAUUGAGAAAUUAAAACUUUUAAAUUAUGAAAAAACCUUAUUAAGUGAUUUAAAAAUGAAACCCUUAUCACGGUUCUACUUUGUUAAGUCUACAAAUCCUGGUGAACAAUUUUACAUGUUCACCUUAACUUGCUGGUGGCUGUGCCAAAAGUUGGGUAAAAAUAUGGAACGUCCGCAGGAGUACGAUGAUCCAAAUGAUGUUAUAUCGAAAAUAUUAGCAAUACUGGAACAAAUGGAUGUACCCAUCGAUUUUACACCCAACAAACUUAUACGAGGAGCUGGACCAAAUUGUAUCUUCGUCCUAGAUACAUUGGCCACACAAGCCUUAAAAAUAAUGAGACUAUCAUGUCAGAAACUACAUAUAGCGCAAGAAGAUGAAAUUGCCAAUGAUUAUCUGGAAGAUAAUGCUGAAAUUAUACUCGAGAAAAUAGAAGAUGAACAGAAUGAUGCGCUAAGUGAUGAUAACAGUGAACUGGAUUUAAAUCAAAAUUCCCUAAGACAGUGGGGACAAAAGAGGCCACAUCAUAUAUUGGAUCAUGAAAACAUUAGCGGAGGUGGUGGCAAUAGUUUGCAGGUAGCAGAUAAGUUAACGGAUCAACAAACUUGGCGUUUGGAAUUUGAAGAAGUAAUGCCUCAGUUAAAGGUUUACGUACGAAGUGACGUAAGAGAUUGGCGGGCGCAUUUAAAUCAAAUGAAUAGUUUAAAAGAGAGUAUAACAGAGUUUACAGAAGGAACUCAAACCGAAUUGAAGAAGUUACACAAUGAGUUCACUUUUAGUUUGGAAAAAAUCGAGAGUCGUGAAAAACAUUUGAAUAUUGAAUUGCAUAAUUUAAUUAUGCAAUAUAAAGAAGUUUCCAUAGAAUUGUCCAAUGUUCAAUACGCCCAUACUCAAGUUCUAGAAGAAACCGAACGUUCCAUGGAUCAACUGAAGUCUGUUAUAUCCGAAAAUGAUAAUAAAAAGGCAGAAAUGGAGAGGAGGGGACAAAUGAUGUCUGACAGCAGUUUUGUUUUGCAGAUUAAAAAAGCCGUCUCGAAAAUUAAGGAUGAUGUGGCCCAUUUGAAUUUAGAGGUGGCUUUAUUAAUAAAUGGCAUAGAUCGUGAUAUUUUAAAAAGAACUGGACCAGGCAUGGAAAUGGAAAAGUUUAUAUAA